AUGGCCAGCAUAGCUAAAGUGAGGAACAAACUGUUGGACUCACUCUACGCGUUGUGUCAGGAACCGAAGCGUCUGGUCCGCGGGAUUGUGCUGUUCGUCUGCAGCAUCGUAGUGGUGUAUCAGCUGACCGAUUGCUUCCGGAAGCUCUUCAGCCCACCCAUUUCGACCCAUUCGCGGUUCGACCUGAACGACACCAUGCUGUACCCGUCGAUCACCUUCUGCCGCGAGCCAGCAUACAAGGCGGAUGUGAUGGAAAAAUACAAUCUGGCCAUGCACCCUAAGUACACCAGCGGGUUCGACAACUUUCCGUUCAACGAAACUUCGCUCGACCAGCUAUUUGAUGAGGCCACGUACAACCACAGCGAGUUCUUCCUCCAGCACGGUCUGAACGGUGGAACCGACACCAUAGAAGUGGAGGAAAGUCUGCACCUCGACAUGGGCCGGUGCUAUACACUGAAUCCUCUGAUCACUACCAAACACUCCUGGAAGGACGCAGGCUACUCGAUCAUGUUACGCCACGACAGCGACAUGUCGAUUCCGAUGACUGUCGGAGAGACGCUUCCCGGUUGGCACAUAUUUAUUCACGAACAGAAAGAAGGCUUCGCCGAAAACCGAAUGCAAUCGUCCGGUCGCGUGGAGUAUCUGUUCCUUGAGGUGAACGAGGAAAUGGAAAUACGAUUGUCGACGCAACACUUUUUCAUGCUGGCCAGCUACGAGAAUGAAUGUGUGGAGUUUUCGCCCAUUAGCUCAACAAAGUGCGGAGAACUUUGCCACUGGCGCACGGUGGUGGAGUCCGUGGGAUGUUCUGGUCCCUGGAUGCCGGGGCUCGAUGUCGCCUAUUGCGAUAACCCGACCGACACGAAGCAACUCAUCAAGAUCUACCGCCAGCUGGAAGACUUGGAUGGGGCGCAAUGUGGAUGCUUCCAGCCCUGUACCACCACCAUCUUCACUGCGUCGGUCAUGAACCGCAAAGCGUUUCGGCUCAACAUACCGGCGGCGCAACUGUGGGUUUACUACACAUCGAAAAUGGUGUCGGUUGUGGAAGAGUUCCACGGCUACGAUUUCAACCAAUUCGUGUCGGACUUGGGAGGGUCGCUCGGCUUUCUGCUAGGACUUUCGGUGCUCGGGCUAAUUGGGUUGCUGGAGAAAAUCGUGGAAAUGGUCUUCAUUCGCCGUCUGAUCGCCGAGAGACGCAAGAGGCAAGCCGCCAGCGAAGGCAAGAACUGCAAGGGUCAGAUUGCUUCCAGUACAACAGAAGACACGAAACCGCCCAUUGUUGCCAACGCAAUGGCCGUCAGCGUGCCCGGUAUGGAAGCCACGCUGAAGCAGUAA